AAAGCAAGUCAAAAGCGGCGCGCUUCGAAAGCUGACUCAUCAACCCCCCAAAAUUCUCUCUCUCCAUGGACAACGAAACGACGCCGUCCCGUGGCUUCUACGCCUCCGCCCGAGCCGCCGGCGCCGGAGGCAAAUUGAAGAAGCCGCCGUCGCGCAAGCCGCCGCCGACUCCUUACGCCCGCCCGCCGACGAACCUAGCCGAGCGGGGGAAGCGGCGCUGGCUCUCCAGCGUCGUUGAUCCGGCUUACCGCCUCAUCUCCGGCGGCGCCACCCGGCUGUUCACCUCCUUCUUCUCGCCGGCGAGUUCCGCCAAUGCUCUACCCGCGCCUAACGUCCGGCGUCACGAUGAUGAAGAAGAAGACGCAGAGAUUGAGCAGAAUGCCUCAGGAGUGGAGCACAAUGUUGAUCCAAAUAAUCGGGUGACCAGAACUGAAGAGGCAGGUCCUAGCAGAGCAGGAAAUAGCUCCAAUGAUGGUUCUGGUUUUCAAGGCCACAGUAGCAACCUUUCUGAUGAGAGUGGGCUUUCUGAGAUAGAACAGCUACUGAAGGGGAAACAGUUUUCUAGGGAUGAAGUCAAUCGCUUGAUGGAAAUUAUCCAAUCAAAGACUGUUGAGCUUCCUACUGUGGUGCACGGAAAGGAAAAGCUUGGCAAUACUGCUGGUGGAGAAGCCAAGGGGCCUGUAGUUAUUCAUACUGUUCCAAAGGUGUUAUCUCGAGAUACUCAGGAAGAAAGGAGUAAAGCUAUUUGGGGAACCUCAACUCAUCUUCCUCAGUCAUCUAGACGGGAGGAGGUUGGCGCUUCACCUAUUGAUAUUGCAAGAGCAUAUAUGGGAAGCAGAACAUCAGAUAUUGAUGACAGGGCAGUACUGCAUAGUAAUGAUAUUGCAUCAACCCCAUUCGUUCCAGCACCUUCCCCUAGACCAUCAACAUGUUGGCCUGGUUCCAUGGUACAAAAUCCGCGUGAUUAUUCAACCCCACAGAGUGAAAGAGGCAGAUUUGGCCUUCAUAAUUUUCCCAGAACCCCUUAUUCUAGAACUAUCUUUUCAAAAUCCAAGUCCAAGCGGUUCAGUCCAUUACAAGGUGGUGAUGAUAAGGCCCAGAGAACAUCAUCCACUCCUUUUAAACACCUGCAAACUCCUGUUUAUGGGCAGACUUCUGGGAAGCCAAGAGGUGAUGCAUUGAAUGGUGGUCAUGGAUCAUCAGUGGGACCAAUUCGCAGGACACGCCAUAAAGUUGCUGUACAAACUCCUCCGAGAGGAAGUCCUUAUGUUCAUUCAUCUUCCAUUGAAACUCCUCAGGUGGUAAAUUCCCACGUCCGUAAAGAGUUUUUGACGGCUGGCAAGAAGAAUUUUGAACUUGGAGGAUUAUUAAGUGCCGACUCCCCAUUCCAGUCAAUAGAUAGAAAGCCUUCCAGCUCCCAAGUAGGUGUUCAUCCACAGUCUAGUCAAAUUGCAAGAACUAUUCUGGAGCACAUCAAUAGAAAUUCACCCACUCCUAAAGAUAAGUCUGAAGAGUUGAAGCUAGCCAUUGGGUGGCAGAAAUCCUCGACAUCUGACAUUCCUUCACUCGGCCAGAAUGGAGAUGAUAGCAUACUUUUAGGAGGGUCCAGUUCCCGUAAAGUCAUAAACAAUGAUUUCCAGAAAAGGCCUGCUCUUGAGAAUGCUGAUAUGUGGAACUCUCUGUUUAAGGUUCCACCUUCGAAGCCUUUUGAAAAAGCCACUGAUGUUGUAAGCAAUGGUCCUGCUGGUGAUGCGAAUGCUGGAAGAUCUUUAGCCAAGAGCACAGAGGAGGCUGUUCCGCAGACUACCAUAAAUGCUCUUGGUUCAGAGGUACUAAAUCAACAGAAGAAGCCUCUCUUUCAACCUUCUGGGACUAAACGUGUUUUCCCUGCUAUAUCUGUUGACAAGCCUGAGUCAACAUGGAAGUUUUCUUCUGAUAAGAGCUCUACCUUCACAUUUCCGGUGACUACAUCUCCCUCUGUGUUUUCAGAACCACCCACGCCCUCCAUUAUGCCAACUUUCUCAGCUAGCCCUGAUGGUCAUCUGAAAGACGGAGAUACAGCUGUUCCUACAUACAGUUUUGGGUCCGAGAAGUCAGAUCGCCUUGUAUUUACAUUCCCUUCUACCAGUGAGGCCACCCAGAUUGGUAGUUCAGAUAUUAAGUUCAGCUUUGGAUCAGAUAAGCCAAGGCUGUCUUUCAAAGAUGCCAUUUGCCAUUGAUUGACAAGAUAUGACAGCAUAUUUCAUCUUUUUCUAGUAGGUGUAAUAUUUUUUGCCCAGAGUUUCAAAUAUUGUAAUUCAACUCAUGCCUGGUAACUAGUCUAGUGAAGGUGAUUUAUUUCUUCCCAGUUUUGGGUAGCCCAUAUUAUCACGUACUACAUGAUGUAAUUGAUGGACUUGUGUCGUGUCUAUACGCAAAGCUAUUAUAGUGGAAAGCACACCACUCGUUGGAUCACUUGCAUGAGUGCUAUUGUGUCGCACAGCUCAUGGCUAAGCACAUGUGGGUAUUAAAAAAACAGUUCAUUGUUG